GAUCCUCCCAUCACCGAGGCAGAGCAAGCAGCACAGGACUCUAGCAAGUGGAAAAUUAAAGGCCAGUGGUUGAAUAUCGAGAUUUUGGAGCGCUCUUGCAAGACUGAGUUGCAAGAAGGACGACCGGACGUCGUGUACGAGCAGAGGGCGAGGGCCCUUAUCAUAUGGUGCAUUGGGUCCUUCAUCUUCCCCGACCAGCUGGCGGAUGGCGUCUCACUUUACUGGCUCCAGCUGUUAGAGGACUUCGACGGUAUUAAGGGGUACAACUGGGGUUCAGCGCUCUUGGCCGGAGUAUACAGAGCGUUGGCGACCUCGUUCGUGGCCUCAGAGAAAAAAGUAUGUUUGAUACUCUGCCCGAUAGUCCAUUGGGAGCGAGGUAAUAACUUUUAUUUUUAUUUAAUCCGUACAUUAUUUUCAUUAUCAAAUUUUGUGAUUACAAACUUUUUUUCUGUGAUUUUAAGGUGGGUUGGACCGAGAUCUAGGUCAAACAUAGCCACUAGAUUGGCCGCCUACCGAGAUCAGUUUACAGGGCUGAGAGAGGAUGAG